UUUUCGCCCGCCGUCGUGUGUUCACCUCUCUCUCUCUCUGCUCUGAUUCUCUGAUAAACGACGUCGGUUAGCUCGCGACAAACAUUCCUUUCUGUGUCCCAAACUGAAUUGUCUGGACAUUUGUGUAAGAUGACAUCUCGCAGGGCAUUACACUUUGUCUUCAAAGUCGGAGAUCGAACGAAAACUGCUGAAUUUUACAGAGAUGUGCUUGGUAUGCAGUUUUUACGACAUGAAGAAUUUGAAGAGGGAUGUAAAGCAACAUGUAAUGGACCGUAUGAUGGAAAGUGGAGCAAGUCUAUGGUUGGUUAUGGACCAGAGGACAGCCAUUUUGUCACAGAGCUCACCUACAACUAUGGCAUUAAAGAUUACAAACUAGGCAAUGAUUUCCAGGGUAUCACCAUACAAUCCAACAAAGCUGUGCAGAAUGCUCGAAGCAAGAACUGGCCUCUAGUCCCUGUGUCGGAUGGGCUCUACAGUGUGGAGGCUCCUGGUGGAUACAAGUUCUAUCUUGUAGAUCAGGCACCACCACAGGGAGAUCCAGUUCAGAAGGUGACUUUGGGAGUCUCAAAUUUGAGCAAGUCCACAGAUUACUGGACCAAGCUUUGUGGCAUGACGCUGUACGAACAGACAGAUAAGUCAGUAUUGUUGGGAUACGGUGAGGGGCAAUGCAAACUGGAACUCAAGGCUGUCGGUGCGACGAUUGACCGAGGGACGGCGUACGGACGGGUUGCAUUCUCUUGUCCCAGAGAUCAGCUUGCAGGUAUCGAGAGCAGCAUGAAGGAAUCUAGUCAGGCCAUUCUUACCCCACUUGUCAGUUUGGACACACCCGGUAAGGCCACUGUGGAAGUGGUCAUUGUAGCAGAUCCUGAUGCUCAUGAGAUUUGUUUUGUUGGCGACGAGGCGUUCAGGGAAUUAUCACAAGUAGAUCCUAAAGCUGAUGCCCUCUUAGAUGAAGGAAUCAAGGCUGACAAAAGUGAUGAAUAUUUUGCAAAACAUCCGGAGAGGAAGGGAGUGGCCAAAUAGAUGAAGUAAAAAACGAAAAAAAUACAAAAAAAGGGAAUGCUAGAUAGACAUACAUUUUGCAAAAUUCCUUGAUGUUGCCUGGAUUACUAGUAUUCUACCUAGCAUUCAUUAUUAAGCUAAAAAAAGAAAAGAAAAAAAAAGAGGCGACCUCUAAAAAGGAAGCGGGUGGGACGUUAA